AUGAACACUUCUACGGACGCUACACCCAUUGGCAGCCGGCCUUACCGUUCUCACAAGGUACCGGCCUGCGAUCUGUGCAGAAAUCGCAAGAUACGUUGCAACAUCGAUGUCGCCGGCGAGCCGUGUAGGUUCUGCCGUGAAAGACAUCUUAGUUGCGAGUAUACGAGCAAAGCGACUGUUGAUGACGGACUACGUCCUCCACCGGCCAAGAGACGUAGAACUCAUGCAGAUGACCACGAUGUGGCAACACCUGUCAAGUCGACGGAGAGAGGCCUUGCACAGUUCCCGUCCAUCGCUGGGACCUCACCGGAAGAGUCCUCGAUCAUGUUGAAUCCACCCAUGGCGGAAGAUAUCGAGGUCCUGGAGCAUUAUCUCAGCUCAGCAUCUGGUGCAUCGAGCGGCAAGCCCUACCGACUCGUCUCUAGCUCGACUGAGAAGCCGAUCAUAUACCUCACCGUUCCACGGCGUCGGAAAGGAUUGAGCGCAGCGAGCGACCCCGGCAAGACGCAGCGAGAGAUCAUUGAGCAAAUUCUUGGUCCCAACAAGGAAGAUGUCGUUGCACUCUACUUCGACAGAAUCCACCCUGCAUUCCCGAUCGUGGACGCGAAGACUUUCUACGAGAUGUGGCAUCGAGAUCCCAGUGAAAUUUCAUCGGCACUGCUCUGCGACAUCUACACGACUGCCGUCGUUUUCUGGAACACCUCGGAGCGCUUGAGGCAGUAUUCCAAGCCCGACUUUGUGUUUCUGUGGAACCAAGCUGUGGCAGCGCUGCAGGAGGACUUUCUUGGGCCAACAAUCAGCACAGUGCACGCGAGCUUACUUGAUUUGGUGGGCAGGCCGGUGCUGUCGAUCACGGGCAAUAUCAUGACGCUUGGUAAGACUGUGACGUUGGCUCACAGCCUUGGACUGCAUCGUGAUCCUACGUCUUGGAAAGCUACGAGUCACGAGAAGGACAUUCGGAUUCGCUUGUGGUGGGGAGUGUAUAUUCAUGAUACAUGGUCGAGUCUUGCUCACGGCACUCCUCCAUUAAUUCAUGCCCAGACCCACGAUGUGCCAUUGCCCCAAGCGAGCUCGCUCUCUGCUAGUGGAGCUACAGACGCACACAAGAGGUCUGCUCAGACAUUCUUGCAUCUCUGUCAGCUGUCGACCGUUCUCGGGGAUCUGCUUCCGUUCGUAUACAGCCUCAAACCUGAUAAGGUGGAGUUGGACCGCAGUCUUCGCCGUGUAGAGUGCAAGCUUGACGAUUGGGAGAGCUCUCUGCCGCCGUGGCUAAGGCGAUCAAAUGGAGAGCUUGACCUGGUGAACGGCGCGAGUAGCCUGCACUUCUGCUUCCUGUCGGUAAAGCUUCUCCUUAAGCGCAUCGCAUACAGGGUAAGUAUUUGGGUACUGCGAUUCUCAUUCCAUCCACGCUCAUUCGCUGAGCAGGCAACUUCCAUGCAAGCAGAUGGUGUAGCCGCUGAAGCAAGACCAUACCACUUGGCGAUGCUGCGUCAAUCAGCCCUAGAGCUAACAGACUACGUCUGCUUUCUCAAAGAACCUCAACUCGACGACUUCUGGCUACCGUACACUGCCCAUCUCCUGGUGUCCACGACAACGAUACUGCUCAGGUGCCUGCUGGAGUCCGCGGAUGUGACUACCAAGAGAGACUGCGCCACCAUGCUGGUCCGUGUGCAGGCACGACUGGAGUGUGCUCGAGCCGAGUCGAACUGGGAUCUGGUCGAUUUCUGUCUGGAGAGGUGUUCGGAGCCGGUCGCUAAGAUAGCGACAGCCAUGGGCAUUACAAGACACCCUACUGCAGGCGGCAUGCCUACCACGGAGUUGGCGAGUGUCUUCAAUGAUACCGACACUUCCAUGCUAUCGACGCUACCCGAAGACUUCUUGUUGUCUGUCGACUCCUUGGAUUAUCCUUUCGAUACUUUGUGGGACAUUUCGUUCUGA